GAAAUCGUUAGGUUAUCGUAGGUGUUUUUCUGCUUUUAGCAGCUAUUAACUAGCUAGCUAAGUAACUAACUGCUUGCUAACAUUGGCUAGCAGAUGUUGUUAGCUAUCUUUCAAGCUGGUCAUCAAAUCACUAUGCCAGUCCUCUGUAGCAGCUGUGCUGAGAAGCGUGCAGUGCUUAAACGUCCAAAAACUGCCCAUUCCCUGUGCAAAGACUGCUUCUUCUGGGCAUUUGAAGAGGAGGUCCAUCAGACAAUAGUUUCAGCACAGCUCUUUAAACAUGGAGAGACUGUGGGCAUUGGUGCCUCCGGGGGGAAGGACUCCACUGUGUUGGCACAUAUCAUGAAGGUCCUAAAUGAGCGCUACAACUAUGGUCUGAAACUCCUGUUGUUAUCAGUGGACGAGGGUAUAACAGGUUACCGUGAUGACUCCUUGGAGACGGUGAAGAGGAACCAGCAGCAGUAUGAGCUGCCCCUGAAGAUUGUGUCCUAUGAGGAGCUGUAUGGCUGGACCAUGGAUGCCAUAGUGAAGCAGGUUGGACUGAAGAACAACUGCACUUUCUGUGGAGUGUUCCGAAGACAGGCGCUGGACCGGGGAGCCAUGAUGCUGAAAGUUGAUAAGAUAUGUACAGGUCACAAUGCUGAUGAUGUGGCAGAGACUGUUCUGAUGAACGUUCUUCGAGGAGACAUCGCCCGUCUACGCCGCUGCACUGCCAUCAGCACAGCUAGCGAGGGUGAGGGGGUGGUCCCGCGUUGCAAGCCCCUGAAAUAUGCCUACGAGAAGGAGAUAGUGCUUUACGCCUACUUUAAGAAGCUGGACUACUUUUCCACUGAGUGCAUAUAUUCCCCUAAUGCCUACCGAGGCCACGCCCGGACCUUCCUGAAAGACUUGGAAGCAGUGCGGCCGAGCGCCAUCAUGGACGUCAUCCACUCUGGGGAGAACCUGUCGGUGAGGGAGGGCGUUAAGAUGCCCGUUCAGGGAACGUGCGGCCGGUGUGGCUACAUCUCCAGCCAAACGCUUUGCAAGUCCUGUGUGCUGCUGGAGGGUCUCAACCGUGGCCUGCCCAGGCUGGGAAUUGGGAAGCACCACCGUCUCCACGGGAAGAUCCUCUCACAGCAGCCACUAACCCAAGCUGAGGAAAGGAAGCUUAAGACCCUGGAACUCUGAGGGGGGGGGGGGACAAGGUCCUUUGAUCCCCAC